GGUCUUGUGAGUAUCACAUGGCUUGUCCUACUUUGAGGAAACAAGAUGGCGGAAAAGUCAAGGUCGAGUCUCUUCUAACCUUAUUUUAACAGCUAUACAUUGCCUAUUAGGCUAACAGUGAUUGCCAUUUGAAGGAGGAAGGAGCAGGCUAAAGCUUAGACGUCUCUCUCAGCUCUAUUGAUCGUGUUUAUAUGCUUGAUACGUUGCUGCAUUGACAGAAGAAAAACUGGCUGCUAUAGAUAUGUCUGAAACUGCUGGAGGUGGAGAGGGGGAAGUCCCGUGGUGCUUCUCGCAGGUGAAGGGCACCAUUGAGGAUGAAGUUGCUGAUGCUGAUAUUAUAUCAACGGUGGAGUUCAAUCACGAUGGAGAGUUUCUGGCCACUGGCGACAAGGGAGGGAGGGUGGUCAUCUUCCAAAGAGAUGGCACCAAAAUGAGAGGUGUCAAGCCGAUGGUGACCUCUCCCCCGGUGUUCCGAUGUGACUACAACGUGUACAGCACGUUUCAGAGUCACGAGCCCGAGUUCGACUACCUCAAGAGUUUAGAGAUUGAGGAGAAGAUCAACCAGAUCUGUUGGGUCAAGCAAUCCGGGUCCUCUCUUUUCCUUAUCACUACCAAUGACAAGACGAUCAAGCUCUGGAAGAUCUCCGAGCGCUGCCGCAGAUACUCCAACCUAAACACACUCACCGAUGACGGUCAAAUACGCAAGGACAGGAAGGUGACAGAGCUCAAGGUCCCCGUCAAGAACAUGGAUGACGUCUCCAUUGAGGCCAUGCCUCGAAGGAUAUUCUCGAAUGGGCACACUUAUCAUAUCAACUCGAUCUCUGUCAACAGUGACGACUGUACGUAUCUAUCAGCCGAUGACUUGAGAGUCAACCUGUGGGACUUGGAGAGAACGGAUCAGAGCUUCAACAUUGUAGAUAUAAAGCCGGCCAACAUGGAGGAGCUGACUGAGGUCAUCACGUCCUCCUCCUUCCACCCCAUCAAGUGCAACGAGUUUGUCUACAGCAGCAGCAAGGGAAGCAUCAGAUUAUGUGACAUGAGGGAGAAAGCACUCUGUGACAAUCACGCCAAGUUAUUUGAGGAGCCUGAGGAUCCAAGCAGCCGAUCAUUCUUCUCUGAGAUCAUUGCCUCGAUUUCUGACGUCAAGUUCAGCCACAGUGGACGCUACGUUCUGUCCAGGGACUACCUCACUGUCAAGGUAUGGGAUGUGAACAUGGAGUCCAAGCCAGUAGAGACCUACCCUGUGCACGACUACCUGAGAGGUAGGUUGUGUGCUCUCUACGAGAACGACAGCAUCUUUGACCGGUUCAGAUGUGGUUGGAACGGAGACGACACGAAACUCAUCACUGGAACGUACAACAACUUCUUCCGAAUCUUUGACCGGAAAUCCAAAACAGACUACUGUUAUGAGGCAUCGCGGGACAUGUCUACCCUCGGGCAAAUCCUCCGCCACAAAAAAGUCACUCAGACAACAACGAGGAAAAGAAAAGAUGAUGUCGGAGUAGAUAGCUUGGACUUUAAUAGGAAGAUUCUCCACGCUGCCUGGCACCCUAGGGACAAUAUUUUAGCAAUUGCAGCCACCAAUAAUUUGUACCUCUUUCACGAACAGCAACCAUGACACAUGUAGUUAGGUCUUUUCUUUUUGAAGAGUGAUUAAUUUAUACAGAGCUAAAAUUAAUUGUCUUUUAGUAUUAGCCAAGUGUAACAUGAAAUUUUUGUCCAACUUACUAGUCUACAGCUCUUUAUUAUAUCUUUUGUUACUUUGGCUGAAGUUUUAAGUGUACGUGUGCAUCUUUUCUCACGUGUACAUGUCCAUAGUUACUGUACUAUUGUAAGAUCAUCUUCACACACUUUUGUGUAGUUUAA